CUUUAUUUUCUUUUCAUCUACAUCAUUCUCUUGUUCUUAGAGUAUCUCCCUGCCAGUUCCAUUGGCCUCUCUACAUUGCUCUCCCCAUGGCACAGUCUGCAGCGGACCUCGCCGUGGAAACCCCCACCGACCAUGUUGACCGCGCGACCGGGGCCCGCCCAAACCCUACCGAUGACGUCAGUGACAAGCGAGUGCGGGCGGCGCAAACCAUCCAGGUCCGUUUCUUUCUCCUCUCCGUGCCCUCGGCAUCCUUUGAUCGGUUUCUAGCGAACAUACCGCGGCUACCGCACAAGACGAGAAAUCCACGGCUUGGAUAUCUCUGCGUCGACCUCGCGAUGGAUAGAUGCCGUGAAAGAAGUCGAAUGGCGACAGUUACACCGCCCCUCCGCCCCCUCCGACGACCUCGAUAGUACCGCCAACGCGCGCCGCAACUGGCUCCGCGCCGUGAGUGUAGCCAAGCGCGUCGGAGGCGACGAUGACGACGACCUCGACACCAAGA